GUUGAGUUAUCUGAGUCUGAACUUCGUGAUAUGAUAAAUCUAACAUCGAUAAAUAGUUUUAUCGAAGAUGAGAAGGCAAAUAAAAGUAUUAAUAUAUUUGAUAAUCAAAGUAUUUUAAAUAUAAUUUUGGAAGAUUUUGUAAAUCUAAAUGAUCCAAUUUUUCAAGAAAAUGAUUCUAUACUAAAUGAAAUUUCAAAUGAGAAUUCAAACAAUAUUAAUGAAAACAGCAUUACUGGUAAUAUGAAUUUUAACCCUGAAAAUCUCGUUGAUGCUAUUUUGGGUAAUGAAUUGGAUUAUUAG